GGCUGUUAAGCCCGGGACCUUCAAGGGGAAGCGCACUCCGGCGCCAUGCGGAACUUUAAAAGAGUCAACUUUGGGACCCUGCUAAGCAGCGCGAAGGAGGCUGAGGAGCUGCUACCCGAGCUGAAGGAGUUCCUGUCCAAGCCUCCGGCUGGUCCUCCCAGCUGCCGCUAUGAUGCCGAAAGAAGACAAGCCUGCGAUGCCAUCCUGAGGGCUUGCAAUCAGCAGCUGACUACGAAGCUGGCCUGCCCAGGCCACCUGGGGACCCUGCUGGAGCUGGCUGAACUGGCCUGCCAUGGCUACCUGGUGUCCACACCCCAGCGGCCUCCCCUUUACUUAGAACGCAUUCUGUUCAUCUUCCUGCGGAAUGUUGCCGCGCAGGGCGACCCAGAGGCCACCCUCCGCCUUGCCCAGCCCCUCCACGCCUGCUUGGCACAGUGCUCCCACCAAGUGGCUUCUCAGGACUACGAGGCUGUGGCACGCGGCAGCUUCUCUCUGCUCUGGAAGGGGGCAGAAAGCCUGGUGGAGAGGCAAGCUGCCUACUCGGCUCGCCUGAAGGCCUUGAGCUUCCUGGCACUGCUGGAAGAUGAAAGUGUCCCCUGUGAGGUCCCCCACUUUGCUUCCGUAACAGCAUGCCGAGUGGUGGCUGCCCACCAGUUGUUUGAUCCCAGUGGGUCUGGGCUGAGGGAAGCUGAUGCUGAUCUCCUAGAGGGCCUGCUGACCAGGCAUGUCGUCAGCCUCUUGGUGGGCCAGGGAGAGAACCCCGCCAGCCCUCUUUCUCCCCAGCGGGCCCUCUGCCUCUUGGAGCUCACCCUGGAACACUGCCGCCGUCUCUGCUGGAGCCAGCACCACGCCAAGGCCCUCCGAGCAGCGGAAAAGGCCCAGGGUUAUCUGAAGAACACGAAUCUGGCCCCCAGCCUCCACCUGUGCCAGCUCGGGGUGGAGCUGCUGCAGGUCAGGGAGGGAGGGCCCCAGGAAGUGAGCAAGCUUCUGGUCGAGGCAUCAGCUGCCCUGAAUGCCAGUCUGGGGGCUCCUUCACCGCCUCUGCGCGCCUUGUGUGACAGCUGCCAGUUCUUCCUCUCAGGCCUGGAGAGAGGCCUCAAGCAGCGCUGCGCGCCUGACACUGUUCUGGGCCUCUACGCCUUUCUCGGCGGCUACUGCUCCCUCCUGCGGCAGCUGCGGGAUGGGGUCUGCAGGGACUCAUCCAAGCAGCAGAAGUCCCUGGUUCAGCUGCACUUCCAGGGACUUCACCUCUACACGGUGGUGGUGUAUGACUUUGCCCAAGGCUGCCAGGGGCCUGAUGAGGCCGGCCUGGCCCAGCUAGUGGAGAGCUGCGCGUCGACUGUUGUCUGGAUGCUGGAGGCCCUAGAAGGGCUGUCAGGCCCAGCGCUGACCGACUAUCUGGGGAUGACUGCGUCUUACGCCAGUAACUUGGCCUACAGCUUCUACAGCCACAAGCUCUAUGCUGAGGCCUGUGCCGUCUUGGAGCCCUUCUGUCAGUACUUGGGCUGGACUAAGCCAGACACCUUCCCUGAGGUGCCUCCUGAGAAGCUGCACAGGUGCUUCCGGCUGCAUGUGGAGAGUCUGAAGAAGCUAGGCAAGCAGGCCCAGGGCUGCCUGACGGUGGCGCUGUGGCUGGCAGCCCUGCGGUGCUGUGGCCCCGAACACAUGGCCGAGCCAGUCAGCUUCUGGGUUCGGGUCAAGAUGGAUGCCGCCCGGGCUGGAGACAAGGAGCUCCAGCUGAAGACUCUGCGAGACAGCCUGAGUGGCUGGGACCCGGAGACCCUGAGCUUCCUGCUCAGGGAGGAGCUGCAGGCCUACAAGGCGGUGCGGGGUGACACCGGGCAGGAACGGUUCAAUGUCAUCUGCGACCUGUUGGAGCUGAGUCCCGAGGAGACGCCUGCCGGGGCUUGGGCGCGAGCCACCCACUUGGUGGAACUGGCUCAGGUGCUCUGCUACCACAACUUUGCCCAGCACACUGACUGCUCUGCCCUGGAUGCUAUCCGGGAAGCCCUGCAGCUUCUGGAGUCUGUGAGGCCCGAGGCCCAGGCUGAGGAUCGGUUUCUGGACGAUAAAGCACAGGCCCUGCUGUGGCUCUACAUCUGCACCCUGGAGGCCAAGAUGCAGGAGGGUAUGGAGCGAGAUCGGAGAGCCCAGGCCCCUAGUAACCUGGAGGAAUUUGAAGUCAACGACCUGAACUAUGAAGAUAAGCUCCAGGAGGAUCGUUUUCUGUAUAGUAACAUUGCCUUCAACCUGGCAGCAGAUGCUGCUCAGUCCAAAUACCUGGACGAAGCCCUGGCCCUGUGGAAGGAGGUGCUGACUAAGGGGCAGGCCCCAGUGGUGCGGAGUCUCCAGCAGACAGCAGGCUCUCUGCAGAUCCUAGCAGCCCUCUAUCAGCUGAUGGCCAAGCCCCUGCAGGCUCUGGAGGUCCUCUUGCUCCUACGGAUUGUCUCCAAGCACCUAGAGGACCCCGCAAAGGCAGCCGCCGCCUCCUGCCACCUCACCCAACUCCUCCUGAGUCUGGGCUGCCACAGCUAUGCCCAGGUACACCUGCAAGAGGCAGAAUCGAGCCUAAAGCUUCUUGAUGGGACGGCGGACACGUACCCACUCCUCACCCUCACCUGUGCUCUCCUCCGGAGUCACCUCUGCUGUGCCACCCAGAAGGUGGCAGAGGGCGUCUCUCUGCUGCUGUCUGUGCUUCAGGACCCUGCCCUCCAGAAGUCGUCCAAGGCUUGGUACUUGCUGCGGGUCCAGGCCCUGCAGCUGGUGGCAGUCUACCUUAGCCUUUCCUCGAACAGCCUUCCUGUGGCCCUGGGGGAGCAGCUCUGUGCCCAAGGCUGGCAGACACCCGAGGUAGCGCUCAUCGACUCCCAUAAGCUGCUCCGAAGCAUCCUCCUCCUGCUGAUGGGCAGCGAUGUGCUCUCGGCGCAGAAAGCAGCUGUGGAGACGCCGUUUCCGGACUAUGGUGAAAAUCUGGUGCAAAAAUGGCAGGUUCUCACAGAGGUGCUGAGCUGCUCGGAGAAGCUGGUCGCUCGCCUGGGCCGCCUGGGCAGUGUGAGCGAAGCCAAGGCCUUUUGCUUGGAGGCCCUGAAGCUGACGAUGAAGCUGCAGCUACCGCGCCAGUGUGCCCUCUUCCUGGUGCUGAAGGGGGAGCUGGAGCUGGCGCGCAGGGACCUGGACCUCUGUCAGUCUGACCUGCAGCAGGUGCUCUUCUUGCUGGAGUCAUGCACAGAGUUUUGUGAGCUGGCCCAGCACCCAGACUCCAUGAAGAAGGUCCGCCCUCAGAAGGGGAAGCGGCAGACCCGGGCCCUCCGCUCUCCAGAGCUCCCGGAGGAGGAGCUCUUCCUGAAAGGCCCUGCUCUGGAGUUCGUGGCCACUGUGGCCAAGGAGCCUGGCUCCACAGCCCCAGCCACUGUCUCCUCCCCGAUCCUGAAAAUCAAACCCCAGCCCAGCCUUGCUUUUCUGUCCCACGCCCCCACCUGUGACUGCCCACUCUGUGCCAGCCCCGUCCUCUCGGCCGUCUGUCUGCGCUGGGCACUGGUCACAGCAGGGGUGAGGCUGGCCAUGGGCCAUCAGACCCAGGGUCUGGACCUGCUGCAAGCUGUGCUAAAGGGCUGUCCUUCGGCCACCAAGCGCCUUGCGCAAGCCCUGCAGGCUUCCCUGAGUCACAGAGCCCCCCCUGCCCCUGCCCCAAGCCUCCUGGACGAGCUCUUGGCUCAAGCGUAUACACAGCUGGCCCUGGAGGGCCUGAGCCAGCCGUCAGAUAAGAAGAGCCUGGGGAAGGUCCUGGAGUCAGGGCUGAAGUUUGUGGCAGCGAGGAUCCCCCUCCUGGAGCCUUGGCGAGCCAGCCUGCUGCUGACGCAGGCCCUUGCAAAGCUGGCUGGCCUCAGCUGCUGUACUGCCCAACUUUUUGCCAACUCCUGGGACUGGCAGCCACCCGUACUAAAGGAUCUCCCUGGCUCAGAGCCCGUCAAGCCUCGGAGCAAGAAGCCUCUGGGAUCAGGGCGCCAGAAGGUGACCCCUGCCACCCUGCCAUCCCAUAAUGCCUCUCUGAAAGGUCUGGACCGGGGAGGACCGCCAUGUACACCCAAGCCCCUGGGCCGGGUUAGGCAGGCUGGCCCUGGCAUCCCCUUCACUGUGUUUGAAGAAGCCUUCCUGGAGAAGAGCAAGCCUGAGGUUCCCAAGGCCCCCAGGGUGCAACAGAGGAUCCAGACGCGCCUCAAGGUGACCUUCAGUGAUGACAGUGACUUGGAAGACCCUGUCUCAACAGGGGCACGACUUACUGAGGAGCCAAAGAGACGGGGCUCUGCUUCGAGGGGCCGGGCCCGAGCCCGGGGCCAGACCAGGCAGAGCUCGAGUUCAAAGACUACGGCGAUGUUGGCCCCAGCUAGUGCCCCUGGGCCCCCUGGCCGGAGUGGCAGGACUCGGAGGGCCAAGAAGGUGGCGUCUGCACACUGUGAGGUGACAGGCCCCGAGACCCUGAGGGCCAUCCCUGAGGAGGAACUGGCCAACAGCCGACUGGAAAUGAGCUUUGAGGUCCUCAGGGGCUCUGACGGGGAAGACGCAGCUUCAGGUGGGAAGGCACCAGCUCCAGGACCUGAGGCUGCCAUGGGAGAGUGUGAGGUCCUGCGACGGGACGUCAGCAGGGAGGAGCUGCCCGCACCGGGCCCAGACAAGGAGCCUGACGACGCCCUGGGCCCUCGGCUCCGCACUGUCUCAGCCCCUGAAGCCAUCGGUCUCUCCACCCUGGAUGCCUUCUGUGACUCACUGAGCCUUGCUUUCCGUGGGGUCAGCCACUGCCCUCCCAGUGGGCUCUAUGCCCACCUCUGCCGCCUCCUGGCCCUGUGUCUGGGUCACCGUGACCCCUAUGCCACUGCCUGCCUUGUCACCGAGUCUGUCUCCAUCACCUGCCGCCACCAGCUGCUCACCCACCUCCACAGGCAGCUCAGCAAAGCCCAGAAGUCCCAGGGAGGACCUCUGGACGUGGCAGAGCAGCUGAAGGGGCUGAGCCUCCAGGAGCCGGCUGGAACUGUCCCCCUGGCCCGCAUCCUGCGCCUCUUUUCCUUCAGAGCCUCCGAUUCUGGCCGCUUCCCCCAGCCGGAGAAGGAGUGUUUCAAGGAGCGCCUGGCCCUGAUCCCCAGUGGGGUGACGGUGUGUGUGUUGGCCCUGGCCACCCUCCAGCCUGGAACGGUGGGCAACACCCUCCUGCUGACCCGGCUGGAAAAGGAUAGCCCCCCGGUCACUGUGCAGAUCCCCACCGCUCAAUGCAAGCUUCCUCUGAGCUCGGCCCUGAGGGAGUUUGACGCCAUCCAGAAGGCGCAGAAAGAGAACAGCGGCUGCACUGACAAGCGAGAAUGGUGGCUGGGGCGGCUUGAUCUGGACCGCAGGAUGGAGGCUCUCAUCACGUCCCUAGAGAAGUAUGUGCUGGGCUGCUGGCGGGGGCUGCUGCUGCCAUCUCGGGAGGACCCCGGCCCAGCCCAGGAGGCUUCCCGCUUACUGGCGUUGCUGCAGGAAUGUGGCUGGAAAUAUCCCAAUGCCACGCUGCUGCAGGUCCUGCUCAGUGGGGCCAGUGCUCUUGCGCCUCAAGACAUUCAGGCCCUGGCCUACAGGCUGUGCCCAGCCCAGCCUGAGCGAGCUCGAGAGCUGCUGAGUGACGCUGUGGGACGCUUACAGGUGCCGACAGUGCCAGGCACUGGGCACCUUGUCUUGGUGCUAGACAAGGACCUGCAGAAGCUGCCAUGGGAGAGCAUGCCCAGCCUCCGGGGACUGUCUCUCACCCGUCUUCCCUCCUUCCGCUUCCUGCUCACCUACUCUAUCACCAAAGAGUCCGGGGUCUCGUCCGUGCUGAGCCAAGGCGUUGAUGCACGCAGCACCUUCUACGUCUUGAAUCCUCACAAUAACCUGCCCAGCACCGAGGAGCAAUUCCGAGCCACUUUUAGCAGCAAAGCUGGCUGGAGAGGGGUGAUCGGAGCAGUCCCCAGCCUGGAGCAGGUGCAGGCGGCCCUGACAGAGCAUGACUUAUAUAUCUAUGCUGGGCACGGUGCUGGUGCCCGCUUCCUGGAUGGUCAGGCUGUCCUGCGGCUGAGCUGCCGGGCAGUGUCCCUGGUGUUUGGCUGCAGCAGUGCGGCCCUGGCCGUGCAUGGGGACCUGGAAGGGGCUGGUAUCGUGCUCAAGUACAUCAUGGCUGGCUGCCCCUUGUUUCUGGGAAACCUCUGGGAUGUGACUGACCGUGACAUCGACCGCUACACGUCAGCUCUGCUGCAGGGCUGGCUCGGAGCAGGCCCAGGGGCCCCCCUUCUCUGCUACGUCACCCAGGCCCGCCAGGCUCCCCGGCUCAAGUAUCUGAUUGGAGCGGCCCCAGUAGCCUAUGGCCUGCCUGUCUCUCUCCGGUGACACAGUGGAACUGGAGCCCUGUGACUGUUUGACCUCCUUACUCGCUCGAGAUUUCCCCACUUUUAUACACAAACCUCUCCUUGUGACUUAACUGUAAUAUAAUAAAGAUGUUAUUUAAGCUAUUUUA